CUGCCGAAGUUUGAACCGUUUUGUGAUCGCAAACAACAAGUUACUCAGCUCUUCAUCAAUGACAUCUCCGUGUGCUUUCAGCACGCUAUUUUGUUCCUAAUUAUAUGGAGGUAUCGUAUACAUGUCACCAUGAGUAAACAGGAAGAAACCAUGGAGAAGCUGGACUCGGAGUUUGAUCAUUAUCUUGUAGACAUGAAGCCUUACGUCCUGAAGCUCGCUAAUCGAUCAGAACGCCAGCGGUGUGCCCUGUGGAUAAAGAAGCUGUGUGACCCAGUGGCCUGUGGAUCGGGACUGACGGGAAGGAAGAACCGCAACAUGUAUGCUCGACUUCUCCUGCACAUGCUCAAAGGGGGUGUCCUCGAAGGACCCUUUACACAGAAACCUGAUGGAGGCAGCCUGAAGACACUGCCUACAUAUUUGUCUAUCUAUUUUGAUGAGCCUCUGUUUGGAGGGACCCAGGAGGAGCGUCCAGCGGUGCCUGAUUGGGUGUCAGGAGAGUUGGCUCCCGUAGAUGACACAUGGACCAGCCUACUGAAAGACGCCUCACCUGUACCUCACACUAGCACUCAAAGGAGGACAGUGGUGGGAUAUGACAAGUCUCCUUCCCGCCCGAUGGCCUCCAGCCCUCUGAAGCUCGUCAGCCGCGGAGACAACAACAAGGUGAAUGGUGUUGGAGGAGCAUCCCUCUCUGGCGAUGACAGUGACCUGGAGGCAAGACUAAACAGCUGGAACCUCGGGAUUGAAAACCCCAGGUACCUGAGGGAGAAGCCCAUCCCCCUGUCUCCGAGUGCGGAGAUAAAGGCCAAAGUCCUGGAGGCCAAGCACCAGGAGGAGAAGCUGCAGCUGCAACAGAGGCAUGACGCGCAUGUCCAGAAGAUCCUAGAGCGUAAGAACAGAGAGAUGGAGGAUCUUAAGACGCUGUUCAAGGGCAAACAAAAGGAAGCGGAGGAGGCCAUCCGGAUGUUGGAGAAGAGAGUCCAGAGCCUGGUCCGCGAGUCGCAGGUGAUCCGGGAGAACAAGGAGAAGCAGAUCACUGAGUUGAAGAAGAUGGCUGAGCAGAGCGCCGACUCCCUGAGGAACGAGUGGGAGAAGAAGCUGCACGCGUCCGUGGCGGAGAUGGAGCACGCCAAGUUUGAGCUGCAGAAGAAGCACACGGAGAACAUCCAGGAGCUGCUGGAGGAUACCAACCAGAGGCUGGCCAAGAUGGAGGUGGAGUACACCAGCCAGACACAGGUCACGGAGCAGCUGGCUCGGGAGCUGGAGGCCCGCGUGAAGCAGCUGACGGUGGAGGUGGAGAACGGCAACAGCCUCCGCCAGAAACUCACCCAGGAGAAGGCCGAGCUGGAGAUCAACAUCGCAGCCAUCAGUGCUGAGCUGCAGGAGGCCAACCGCAGGUGUGCAGAGCAGCAACAUGAGGCUGAGCAGCAGAGGGAGCAGCAUGAGGAGAGUAUCCGCAAGCUGAAGGCCAACCACGAGGCAGACCUCACCCACUACCAGAAGGAGCACGUGCUCUCCACCGCUAAGGCAUCUGAGGUGAUCGCGGGGCUGGAGGGGGUGGGCUCCAAGCUGAAGGAACAGCUACAGGAGAGCGAGCACCGCAGGACCAAGCAGAUACGGGACCUGGAGAACAAGUCUCAAAAGGAGAUGACUGACCUGCAGUUCAACAACGAGCUAAAGGUGCGGGGGCUGCAGGGGGAGCUGGACAGAGAGCGCUCGGAGGCCCGCAGGAAGGAAGCCGACCUUCAGGAAGCACUCAGGGAGAAGGAGGAUCAGCUGAGCAGGCUGCGUGAGGCCCACAGGCAGCAGGUGCAGCAGACGGAGAGUGCCCUGGAACACUUCAAGAAGCAGGUGGAGAUCACCUCCGAGAAGACCUAUCAGGACAUGAGGCAACAGAUGGAGAAGGUGGAGGCCGAUCUGAACCAGUCCAAAGCAGCUCGGGAGAAGCAAGCCAAGGACUUUGGCUAUCAGCUAGAGGAGGUGCAGCAAAAACAUGAGCAGCAGAUGGUGGAGCAGAGACUGCAGCACGAGCAGGAGAGGACGCGCGUCCUCCAGCUGCAUAAUGCUGAGAAGGACAGUUUGGUCCAGGAGCACCAGCGGGAGAUCCACGCUCUGGAGGAGCAGGCGCGGGCCACCAUGGCCAAGCACGAACGCAGCACCCAGGAGUGGAGGAAGCGCGACGGACAGCGCGUGUCGGAGCUGGAGGCCCAGGUGCAGGCGUUGCGCGAGGAGCUCCUCCAGACGCACGGCCAGCGUAAGCAGCAGCUGAUCGAGCUGGGCCUGCUGCGGGAGGAGGAGCGGCAGCGUGCCGCCCAGGACCAGGAGGCCGCGCUGGGCCGCCUGCGCCAGGAGACCCAGCGCCUACGCCAGGACCUGGAGCGCAGCCACGCCGCCGAGAGGGAGCUGGCACAGGAGAAGAACAACAGCAGGUUGAAGCAGCUGGAACGAGAGUACAACCAGAGGCUGGCCAAGUCUGCACAGUCGAUGGCGGAGGUGCAGUCGGCGGCCUGUUUGUCUCGUGAUGAGUCUCGCCAGGCCCAGCAGGCUCUGGAGCAGCAGCUGCAGGAGGCCACAGCACUCUGGGACCAGGAGAGGACCAGACUGGCACGGCAAGCAGACCGGAACCACCAGGAGAUGCAGGGGAAGCUGGACAGUCUCCAGAGGCAGCUGCACGCCACAGAGAAGAAACUCAAGACCAAAGAACUGGAGAACCAAGAACAGGUCACCCAGGUGCGUCAGGAGUGUGAGGUGAAGCUGAGGGGUCUGAUGCCAGCAGAGCUCAGGCAGGAGCUGGAGGAUACCAUCACCUCCCUCAAGUCACAGGUGACCUUCCUGCAGAAGAGGGUGACAGUAUUACAGGAGGACCUCAAUGCCAGCAGAGGGAGAAGGUAACAUCAGUUCAUGCUGCAUGGAUGAGAGAGCGGCUCUCCGAAAACCACAAUAUGAAGUGAGCACAUCACAACUACUAGAGGCCAUGUGUACACACACACACACGCACGCACGCACACGCACGCACGUACAUAUACAUCCACACACAUACAUACACACACAUACACACACACACACACACACACAUACAUACACACACAUACACACACACACACACACACACACACACAUCUGAAGGAUCAUCAAAGUUCAACUCAUGUACUGUGCCAUUUUUACUGUUAUUUUGCUCUGUAAUGUUUUUUUAUUUAAUGCAUUAUAAAUGUGUUUUGUUUGCCUUUCAUACAUUUUUAAACAUAUUUAAGACCUUGUUUUGUGAUAUGUUGGUCAUGACAUGAAUUCAAUGUAAUGAAUCUUUUUUUCACGUCCAUUUUAAUGUUUUAACUAUGAUUUCAAUCAAGCUGCAUCAAUUUUAUUAAAGACCUCCCCAUUUCA